AUCAUGUAACGCGCUUAAGAGACUGCAGAAAAUCAUGGGUGGACAGAUAGUCAGGACGACUCUGAGCUUGAAGCUUCUGCUCUACCAUUGUAUGAUUUCUGUGAUGAUCCCACCAUUCUUCAUACUGGCAACACAUGCCCAGGUCGACAAGGUCAUAAAGUUGAAUGAGAGCACACAAGUCAAGUCUACACAGGAACAAUUAGAGGAAGCUUUUGAAGAGCAGGGCUACUACUUGCAACGCCUGUUCCUUCAGUAUGGGGACAAUGGGACUUUAACCUAUGAGGGUCUGCAGAAGUUGCUAGGCAGUUUAGGUCUGGGGGAAGUCAGUAUCCUGGAGAUCCAACAUGGAGUGAAGCAUUCUUCUCAAACCCUGUUCCAUUCCCACUCACAUGAUGACCAUCAUCAUCCAAAGACCACAAACUCACCUCCACUCAAAGAAAGUCCUAGACCUCACAAUAAAUCAGUGCUCAGUGGAUCUCCUGCAGAAUGGGGUCACUCUGACUAUUUCCCAAACCCUGGCCUAAGACACAAAGUGGAAGAAAGUGUGUCACCACUGUCAGACCAUCCUACAGAGAAACACCUUCAUGGGAAUUGUCUAAACGUUACCCAGCUCUUGUGGAACUUUGGGCUGGGCCAAGCGUCCCAUAUCACUCCUGCCCACUUCACCUUCCUGUGCCCUGCCCUCCUGUACCAGAUUGACACAGGAGUGUGUCUGCGACAUACAGAGGAGCAGUCACAGGGAAGCAAAACCAGUGAGGGUUUCCUCAGAGCUCUAGGUUGGGCCUCCUUGGCACUCUUUGUCAUCAGUUUGCCCUCCCUGGUUGCCCUGGGACUGGCACCCCUGCUCCAACCUUCUAUCCUUCAAAUAUUCCUCUGCCCGAUGGCUGGGAUGGCAGUGGGUACGCUCUGUGGAGAUGCCCUCCUGCACCUCCUGCCCCAUGCCAUCUUCAGUCAACACACUGAACAUCAGGAUGCUGUUUUCAAGGGUCUGAGUGUGCUGGGAGGACUUUACCUUCUAUUUGUCUUUGAGAGUCUCCUGGGACUUAAGCAACAUUUCAAGAUUUUAAAGAAAAGGAGGCACAAUGUAGAGUCUGGAAGGGAGCUUGACGCCCUGGAAGGUACCUCAUUAGCCAAUCAGAAUGAGAGCUCAGAGCAUGGGCAUUCUCAUGGGCAGCCUGGACCAGGGAAAACAAGCAUCAGAAGCAUGGCAUGGAUGGUGGUGAUGGGAGAUGGAAUACAUAACCUUACAGAUGGACUAGCCAUUGGCGUUGCAUUUUCUCAGAGUCUGACCGGUGGACUCAGCACUACGAUCGCCGUGUUCUGCCAUGAGCUUCCGCAUGAGCUGGGUGAUCUGGCGGUUCUGUUGGCCGCAGGCUGGCCUGUACGCAGACUGGCUGUGUUCAGCGGAAUCUCGGCUCUGCUGGGCUUUCUCGGUGUGUUUACAGGGACGGCGCUGGGAAACCAGUGGGCGACACACUCACCUUGGAUUCUCACCGUCACCGCUGGGGUCUUCCUUUAUGUUGCUCUUGCUGAUAUGAUGCCGGAAAUGCUCCAUGGAGAUGCUGGAUCUCUCAGCCCUCUGAAGCGCUUCCUCCUGCAGAGUCUGGGCCUGCUGAUAGGGGGCGCCAUCAUGCUUUGCAUCGCCCUUUUUGAGGAUCAUAUUGCCAUCAGUCUGGGAGAAGACUAAGGAUAUAAACUAGAGAAUAUUCAUAUGCAAUGUCAUCCUCAGGAUAUCACACCAGUGUGAGAAUUUCCAUCCAAACCAGCAGUAUUGUGUACACACCCUCAUCCCAUUAUGAACUACUGUGUAGAUGUGGAUAUUCUGAAGAAAGUGCACGGGAUAAUGGAUCGCUAUAAAAAGAGGAACAGUGGGAGGAUAUCGUACAUAGGCAUCAUCGGUCAACAGAUUUUUAACUGAAGCUC